AUGAGAAAAGCAUUAUUUGGGAAUAUUAUAGUAUUGAAUUUAAGAAGAAAACUACAAGUUGAUCUAAUGUCAAAUUCACAAAAAACAAAUGAAAAUAAACAAGAACUUAAAAUCGACAUAAUUAGUGAUAAUAUUUGUCCAUGGUGCUACAUAGGCAAACUUCGUUUAGAAAAAGCACUAUCUCAAAUCAAUACAUCUGUGAUAAAUAUUUCUAUAAUAUGGCAUCCAUUUGAGUUGGAUCCUCAUCUUCCACGUAAUGGAUCAUUAAUGAAAUUGGAUCGUUAUAAACAAAAAUUUGGUGAAGAAUUUGUUAAAUUAAGAUUACCAGCUAUGAUUGAAACAGGUAAACAAGAAGGAAUUCAUUUUUCAUUUGGAGGGAAAAUAGGAUCGACAUUUGAUUCUCAUCGUCUUCUCUACUAUGUUAAACAACAAGAAAAUGGAGAAAAGAAACAAAAUGAUUUAAUUAAUGUUUUAUUUCGUUAUUAUUUUGAACAAGAACAAGAUUUGUCAGAUCAUCAAGUUUUAAUUAACGCAGCUGAACAAAUCGGAUUAAAAUCAAAUGAAAUCAAAGAAUUUCUUCAAUCUGAUCAAUAUAAAAAAGAAGUUAGAGAAGAAAUAAAUCAAAAUCAACGAGAUGGUAUAUCUGGUGUACCUAAUUUUCGUAUUAAUGAUCGUAUUGAACUUAGUGGAGCUCAAGAACCCAAGGAAUUUAUUCAAGCUUUUAGAAAAGUUGGUCUUAAUAUUUAA